AUGAUGAAUCCGAUGCAAGCGCAGCAAAUGAUGCAGCAGCAACAAAUGAUGCAGCAAAUGAUGAUGCAGCAGAUGGGGAGCGGCAACGCUCCCGCAGUUGGUUCUGACAAGGCCAAGGCGGCACCAGCAAUGAAGACGACCAGGAAGCAGGAUGAUAAGAGCAACAUCGUAUUCGUAGGUGGGUUGCGAAAAAGCACAACGGAGGACAAAGUGGCUGGUCACUUUUCCAAAUUUGGACAAGUUGAUAGUGUAGAUAUCAAGAGACUACCAGAUGGCACAUCUCGAGGGUUUGCUUUCGUGAAGUUCGUUGAGGUGGAGUCGAUUGCCAAAGUUCUCGAAGCUCAAAGCAGCCACAUGAUUGACAACAAGUGGGUGGCGGUCAAGCCACAUGGUGGCACGGCAUUCACGGAAGAUAAGAACCGGGAAAGAGCGAAGGAGGCGGCAGAGCUGGCCCGACAGAAGCAAAAAAAGGACGACUCCAGAGUUGAAUCCGCCGAUGAUUAUGACGAGAAGUGGUCUGAGAAUUACCUGCAGGCAGCUGCCAACAUGGGCGCAAACAGCGGUGAGGACUCCAAAGGUGACGGCCAACCCAAUGGCGGCCAUGGGGGUCGGCAGCUCAUGAUUCGAGUGCAAACACGCAAUGAUGCAGAUGAUGGGAAUGAUGCAAAUGAGCAUGCCCGGCAUGUCCGUCUGGUUGUGGCUGCGGUGGGUGCUGCGGUUGUCCUGGAUGUGGCUGUUGCCCAGCAGGCUGUGCAGGCUGUGGUGGGUGUCCAGGUGGCUGCGGUGGCUGCCCUUGCGGAUCUUCAGGCUGUGGUUGUGUGGGCGGUGGCAGUGGUAGCUGUGCUCCUGCAUCUGAAGCUGGAGAGACCACCGGGUGUGGACACAGCCGGGUGCGCCGAUGCUAGCCAGUCCGACCAGGCUGUUCGGCACCAGCUCGCUUUCCAGUCGGUGAAUGCCAGAAGCGGAGAUUAUUGGGACUCCGCUGUGGAGGCUGGCAAUGCCGCACCACUUCCAGAUGCUGGGGUUUUGCCUCGUCAAGCAUAUGCCCAUCAUGCCUCAAGCGCUGGAGGCAGUGGCAGUCUUCCAAAGGCAGAUGGAUCCGGGUAUUGGGACAGCUACCGUGAUGGUAAAUCAGGCGUUCCAGCUCCUGUUCCAAAUGCGUCUGGCAUUUCAAAAGACACUCAGAAGCGAGACUCAGAAUUGGAGGAGCGUCAGAAGAGCGGCUUGAAGAAAGUCAACAGUGGCGCAUACUGGGAUGCGGAGCAAUGGGAUCCUGACCAACGAGUGUACGUUGGCGCGGAAGCAGGCUUCACGAACCAUUUGCAGGCUGUGGAUCCGUCCGAAGAUGCGACAGACAUCUGGCGUGUUUGGGCUGGUGGCCUGGCAAGCGUGUCUCUAGGUUACAGUGAAAGUGCAGGGCCGCCGAUCGAUUUAAAGCUGCAGAACUCCAAUGACAAGACAAAGCUGCAGGACCUGUACGAGCUCCUUGACGAGUCUGUGGGCUCGGGCAGCUUCGGAGUUGUGCGAAGAUGCAAACACAAAGGCACAGGCACGGAAUGUGUGAUAAAGACGGUGCGCAAGGAUGCAGCGGGUGAACGGUAUCGUGCGCUCCUGGUUGACCGCUGUCUGGGUGAGAAACUCCUUCGCAUGUCCAAAGAGGCCAAGCAUCCCAACAUUGCGGUGUAUCUCGACAUGCUCGAGGGCGCAAAGAACUUCUACGUGAUCAUGGAGGAGCUCACUGGCGCUGAGCUGAUGGACCAGGUGGAGGAGCUUUUCCCCAUGACGGAGGCGUACCUGCAACGUGUGAUGAUGGAGAUCUUGCAAGCGCUGGCGCAUCUUCACGAUGUUGUCGGUUUGCUUCACAGAGACGUCAAGCUCUCCAAUUUCCGAUUUCGAAGCAAGGCUGAGGAUGCUCGCCUGGCAUUGUUGGACUUUGGCUUUGCCAUGAGCCUUGGUGAGCCUUGGGAUGGUGCAGUUUGUGGGACCUUAAUGUUCAUGGCCCCAGAGGUGGUCGGCGCCAAAGCUGCAUCGCCUCACCUGGCAGCCAUGGACAUGUGGGCCGCUGGUGUGAUCCUGUACGUCUUGCUCACGGGGGACUCGCCUGCCAACGAGGAGGAGGUACGCAAGCUUGGCCGAGGAGGUGGUGAAGCAAGUUCUGUACUGGCAAAUGCGAUGGCAGCUAAAGAGCUAAAGGAAGCAUCAGCCGAGUCCUUGCAGUUGCUGCAGCAGCUGCUGGUGCUGGACCCAGCGCGACGACUUACAGCUGCACAAGCUAUUGAUCACAAGUGGUUUUCUACUGAUGGCGGGCAGAAGGUCAAUGUGCCAACUUCAAAGUAUCGUCUUGCCCGGUCUGCAAGCAGGAAGUCCGAGGUCCUCACUCCCAGAUCAUGGGGCCAUACCAGCGAAAGGACGACGAAGAAGUUGGACUUGCCACAAUCAUUCAAACCGCUUGAGCGGAUUGUAUCUGAGGGAGUCGAUGAGAUUAAAGACUGA